AUGACAUCACCGAAUCCAUCUGCUGCUGCUUCGUUCGUUACAGAAUUGCGUCGUGUACCAAAUUACAACACAGAAUUUACGAAACAAAAAUAUUCUAUCAGCUUUUACGGAGCCUCAGUAAACGUGACCGCACUGCCAUACCGACCUUACUGGACUGAGGCGGAGGUGGAACAAGAUAGUUCUAGUUCCACCAGGUACUCUGGCAGCGACGCCAAGCUCCUUAUCACCAUAGCUGAAGCCCUCAACUUCACUUUUAUUGUCCUUCCUGUAACUUCCUGGGACCAGGUGACAAGCUUGGUAGUGGAUAGGAUCUCCUUCAUGGCUACGGUCCUGCACGCGGUACUACCACAGCGCCAGCUCAUUUAUGACUUCACAUAUAUCUAUGAGCACGAUCCGGCUUGCUUUGUAAUGGCCAAGCCGUCCCUAAGAUCAAACUGGCAAAGCCUCUAUGAGCCUUUGACGGACGAGGUGUGGGCGUCAGUGCUGGCGUCCGUGCUGCUGGUACCGCUCCUGCUCUUCCUGAUCACACGUCCUCAACGAGGAGAAGAAUACGGCAGAGGAAUGUCCUUGGGAGAUGCGGCUGAGAUAGCGGUGGGAUCACUGCUCGGCCAGGGCACCAGCAAGCACCUGCCUACCAGUAAUUCAACCCGGCUACUGCUGACAACGUGGCUGUUGUUCACGCUGGUGGUGGGCACCGUCUACAGGGGCAACCUCACUGCUUAUCUCACCAUGCCCAAGUACCCACCCAGACCUGAAACCCUCGAUCAACUCGCCACAACCGCUCAAAAGUAA